UCUUUAAGCGGAGACGCCAGCUCUUCCUGUGGACUGAGUGGAGCAGCCAGGGCGACCCAGACACAGUGACGGGACAGGGGCUGCUGCUGCUGCUGCUGCAGACAGAGACACACCCACACAGACAGACAGACAGGGACACAGAGGUCGGGUCGGGCCGGGCCGGGCGGCAGGCGAUGGGCCGAGCGGCGGCGCUGGCCGGCAGGAGGGUGCGGCUGGCUUGGUUGCUGCUGCUCUCGGUCGUGGCCGUGAGUCUGGCCAGUUUCACCCUGCUCGUCGCUGCCCUGUCCUGGGUGGAGUUCCGCAACCUCUCCCGGUCCCUGCAGGGCUGGGGGGAACACGGGAACCAGCACCAGACGGGCCGGGCAGCGGCUAUGGAGGCAGCUCGGUCGAACGCAUCCACGCGCCUUGGCUUCCUGCAGGCGUUGCUCAACAGCAAGGCCGUACUUCGCAAGAGGAGGGAGCGCAGCAGAGGCUCUGGAACAAAACACAAGCCUUCUUUUGCGGCUCAUUUUGAAGUGGUUCCGAUGACUGACGAUGGAACCUAUAUUGUGGAAAAAGGAGGGGUGAUCCGCCAGUGGGCAGAGAGGUCCAUCCAAGUGCGGAACCACCCGCUCACCUACAACAAUACCACCGGAGACUUCAUGGUGAAGAAGGAAGGCGUCUACUACAUCUACAGCCAGUUACACCUCCCGUUCCGCCUGGUUUCAGAAGAAAUCUCUAAUCUCCUGGAAGGCCAAAGAGCACAAGAGAAGCAAAAUGAAAAAGAUCAAGAAAUAUUGGAAUAGAUUGAUAAAGUGUUUGACUGGCAAUAUCUUUGGACUGAACGCUAAAGAGGGGACAAUUGUAGCCGGACUGAUCACAGUAUUUACAUUCUGCUUACACUUGAUCUUUCUAAUAGGCGAUUAUCACUUUUUCAUGCGGAUCAAAAACUCAGCCGAUUUUAAUGCUGAACAGCGGAAGAAAUAUACUGAAACUGUUUUCUUCUGUGUUGUUUCUCAAAUAGUUGUUUGUUCGGGCAUCACUGCAGUCUUUGGACUGUUUGUGUCAAUUUGGAAGGAGAUUUACUGGGGAGUAGGAGCCUACGUCAUUUGGGUCUUCCUCUAUGAGUUUGCACAUGUUGCCAUCCUCUUUAUGUCAAAAGAAGAGCAUAGUGUAUUUAGGAGAAAUUCGUACAUCAUGGCGUGGUGUGGUUUGAUUUUGCGCAUCUUCAUGGAAGUCCUCUGGCUUGUUUUCUUUAUCAGAUACACCAUAGAGCUGUAUAAAAUAAGCAAAAGUGCGGAAGACCAAUCAAGACACAUGCGGCCGCAACCACCAAAGCUCAAAUUUGCAAUAGUGGAGGAGAUGGCCAUGUGAUGGAGGGUCAGUCGGCACCUAACAAGAUGCUCUUUGCAUUUCUGCCGACCAGCUUGGGCAUUUUCUUGCAGCUGUCCUAUAGACACCGACCGACAAGACCAGGAGAGCCCCAUUCAGUGGACAUGUUGGGCCAUCAUACGGACGUGGACUUAAUCUGUGCUCAAUUACUAAACUUGUUACACAUGUUAAAUACUAAUGACCACCUUCAACAGCGGAAUAAAUAAACGUUUCUUUUUCCCUUAGGGCAGCACAUUUGGUUUAUGUAUCUUUUUGUUUCUUGUAAUUUGUUGUGUUUUAUGACUGUUGGCAGACAAAUUCCCUCCUGGGAUAAAUAAAGUUUGAUCGUAUCAUC